AAGCGAUUAAGGUUCGAAUUUGAAGAAAUUAGGGUUUUUAUCUUGUGCCGUUGAAUUGAUCUACCAAAAUGAUUUACGACGUGAAUUCCCCACUUUUCCGUUCUUUCCUCAGCCAGAAGGGGGGUGUCUCCGACAAGAGGAAAACCGAAGAGCAGAAGCCGAAGGAACAUAGGCCAAAGGCAAAUGAGAACAAACCUGUUAUGUCAGAGUAACAGUGUGCAUGAUGCAAUCACUACCUUGGAUGGAGCCUCCAAAUGUCUAAAUUGCCACCUAAUAUUGUAACUCCUUUAACUAGAACAUCGAGUUUAUUUCUCUAGACUACAUGUAACUAGAUAUUGCUUUUGAGAAGUAAAGCUUUUGUCUGAUUAAAAUCCACUUGUUUCGAGCU